CGAGCUGAUAGACUCUAUCAUUUGCAUGUUCGUGUAAAGUGCGAAAUAUUUAUUGAUUCGUUCGGGCUCUAGUCUUUUGACGCUCAAUUUGUUAUAUAAUAGGCCUAACGACGUGUUUCAAGUGGAAAACAAAAAUGAAAAAUUUUCGGUAGCUUUAUAAAGGAAUUCGGAAGUUAUGGGAACUUGUCAGUCAGCCAACGACUACAUGCUGGGAAAAUUCAAUUGCGCGGAAGAAACUAGUGCGUGAAGUGGUUUAAGCCGUGGGUGUUUAGUGCAGUGUUUCAAACAUAUAUAGCAUAAUAUAAAAAAUAUUUUAUCCGGUUUGGAAGUGAAUUUGAAUAAUACAUAAUGGCAAAAUAUUUGUUAUGUGCAGUUGCUCUUGUUGUUUUUUCUACUAAUGUCCUGUGCAUCCCUUUAGAAAAUUAUCAAACUAUAAUGGGCGUACGUGUAUAUGAUCUUGAUCCAGAUUGUGCUAUGCUCGGUGGAUUAUGCGUGAAAUCGAAAGAUUGUUUGCUACAGCCUACAAAGAGCGGUCUAUGUCCUUCAAACCAACCCCGUGGUGUUGAAUGCUGCUAUGAGCUUGCCGCCAAGGAAGGAACGUGCGCAUCAUAUGGGGGCGAGUGUGUAUCGGGUCCAUGUAACGCGAAUUUGCAGAAAACCGCCACUGAUUGUAAGGGCAAUAGGAUUUGUUGCAUACUGGUUUAAUCGUUUUUGUGUCACUAACCUGGAGAAAUAGUCAGAUGUACGAGUACUUAGAAUUCUAGGAUUUUCCUAGGGCUACAACUAUAUAUACAUAAUUCAUGAAUAAUCUUUAUGAAAUUGCUUAUUUCAUCCAUACCUUUCUCAUAUACCACGUAAACAAAUGUUUAUGCCAUUCAUUUUAUAUUUAUUUUCAAGGCUUAGUCAGUUAGAUAUUAUGUGUGAUUAAAAUAAAAUAUAAUAAAACAAUAAAUCGGA